GUUCUAUGUAUCGACGAAGCGACCGCAAGUGUGGACUUUGAAACGGACAAGUUGAUUCAACAAACAAUCCGAGAUGAAUUUCAGUCGAACACUGUACUUACUAUAGCACACAGGUAUGGUGCCAGCAUGGUGGCCAGAUGAAUUGUACUCUUUGGUUGUCGCUGUAUAUACACAUGUAAAAAUCUCACAACUUCUCAACAAGAUGUGUUCACAACAAGCUUGCUACAAGCUUGUUGCGAACACAUCUUGUUGAGAAGUCGUAACAAGGCUGUUAUUUUAUCACGUUGCUACAAGGUUGUCACUCACAACUUGUUGAGCGAGUUGUUGGAACAACUUGUAACAGGUUUGUUGAGCUCAACCAUCUUGUAACAAGUUCUCAACAAGCUGGGAACAAGCAGUGCGAGCACAUUCUGUUGACAAGUUGUUGGAACAGCAUUGCUACAAGUCUGCUAGUUCUGAUUUGACCCAAGUUAAUUUUCUUUUCUAGAAUCGAGACAAUUCUGGACAGUGAUCGUGUUUUGGUAAUGGACAAGGGUCAGAUUGCCGAGUUUGGUUCUCCUGACGAACUGCGGAGAAAUAAAGAGUCCUUGUUUUCAACUUUAGUCAAUGAGAGCUGA